AUGGAAGGCUCCUCGGAGACCAAGUCUGAAAUCGUGAGAAGCGGAGUCAACGAGAAGACACUUUUUCCGCAACAGCGAGGUCGUGUCGCCGGUUUUAUUGCCCGGAAUAAGAAGAAAGUCAUCGCAAUGGGGGUUGUGCUGUUGUUAUUGCCUUUGUUGGGCUUGAUUGCCCUGCGGAAUCAUCAUGCCAGGGCCGACUAUUCGAGUCCGGGCGUCUUCCCUUCACGUGAGUUCAAGGCGCAUCUUAAGAAGGUCGUCGAUGAGAUUGGUUUGGGCUGAUGCCGUCGCAGCACAAGGCUAUGGCGCCGGAAACUGGAGCGACGCAUACCAGAAGGCCAAUGCCAUGGUGUCGAAGAUGACGCUCGAAGAAAUGAACAAUAUCACGAUCGGUUACCAGACCACCACUGGCUGUGUUGGCAUGUCUGGAUCUGCGCCCAACGUCGGCUUUCCUGGUUUCUGUCUGCACGAUGCUGGAAAUGGUGUUCGCGACACGGAUGGCGUGAAUGCGUAUGCUUCGGGAGUCCAUGUUGGAGCUUCUUGGAAUGCUUCUUUGGCUUACGACCGUGCUGUUUUCAUGGGAGCCGAAUUCAAGAAGAAGGGCGUGAAUGUUGCACUGGGUCCUGUCGUGGGCCCGAUUGGGCGCGUGGCGGAAGGAGGGCGAAACUGGGAGGGUUUCGCUGCGGAUCCGUACUUGGAUGGUAUUCUUGGCGCUCAGUCAAUCAGAGGCUUGCAGCAGAAUGUCAUUGCUAGUAUAAAGCAUUUCGUCGGCUAUGAACAGGAGACCAACCGCAAUCCGAUCUCGGACGGUGACGAGCACGUCAUGAGCGUGAGCUCCAACAUCGACGACCGCACGAUGCACGAGCUCUACCUUUGGCCUUUUCAAGACGCGGUGCAUGCUGGCGUCGGAUGUGUCAUGUGCAGCUACAGUGAGUACUAAAGCGGAUGGAGGUCGAGUCUCUACAUGCUAAUGUGGUCUCCAGAUCGGAUCAACAACACAUAUGCGUGCGAAAAUAGCAAGACCAUGAACGGAAUCUUGAAGGGUGAAUUGAACUUCCAAGGGUUUGUUGUAUCGGAUUGGGCUGGCCAGCACUCAGGCCUGCCUUCUGCACAAUCAGGUCUGGACAUGGCAAUGCCAACCAGCCAGUACUGGGACGACGACGCGUUGGCCAAAGCUGUCAAUGACGGCUCACUGAACAAGACCCGGCUGGUCGACAUGGCCACCCGAAUCGUCGCUACCUGGUAUUACUCGGGCCAAGAUGGGCCAGACUACCCGGAAAUCGGUGUGGGCUUGCCAAUUGACCUCCUCAAGUCGCACAAGUAUGUCGACGCCAAAGAUCCGGCGUCAAAGGGCUCUCUGCUUGAUCAAGCCAUCCAAGGACACGUCUUGGUCAAGAACGACAACGGAGCAUUGCCUCUGAAGAAGCCGAGCCGCUUGUCAGUGUUUGGAUACGAUGCCGUUGCACAGCUUACAUUCAACCCUGGACAGAACGACUUUACGCAGAACUGGGAGGCGCUCGGCUUACAGCAGCCACAGACUGCUGAGAUUGCCUCCAACAAGCCCGUCUUGAACGCGCCUCAGAUCUCAAUGGGGACCCUGAUCGUUGGUGGUGGCAGCGCCUCCAACACACCUGCGUACAUCAGCACCCCUUACGACGCCCUCCAAAUUCAAGCAUACAACGACGAUACGUCGAUGUUCUUCGACUUCUCGUCCGACGAGCCAAGUGUCGCCGCAGGAUCUGAUGCAUGUCUCGUGUUCAUCAACGAAUACUCGUCGGAAACGUGGGAUCGACCGGGCCUUGCGGAUGAGAAUUCGGAUAAUCUCGUCGAGAGCGUUGCAAGGCAAUGCAAUAACACCAUCGUGGUCAUACACAACGCUGGUAUCCGUCUGGUUGAUAAGUGGAUCGACAACAGCAACGUGACCGCCGUCAUCUUUGCCCACUUACCCGGACAAGACGCCGGAAGAUCCAUCGUUCAGCUACUCUACGGCCAAGCAAGCCCCAGCGGCAGACUGCCAUACACCGUGGCCAAGAAACCCUCUGACUACGGCGCCCUCCAGAGCCCCUGCAACAGCGGCGGCAAUUCGCCCCAAUGCGCCUUCGACGAAGGCGUCAACAUCGACUACCGCAGUUUCCUGGCACGAGGCAUCGAACCGCGAUUCGCUUUCGGCUACGGCCUCACCUACAGCUCUUUCGACUACUCCGCUCUCCAGAUCGCCGUGAACGCCACUUCCACCGCCGGCGCCCGGAGCACCGCCGGCGUCUACGCCAACGGCACCACGGACCAAAACGCCCAUAGCAACGACGUCGGACUCGGUGGUUUACUCUCCCUCUUCGAAAGCAUGGGCUCCAUCUCCGCCACCGUCACCAACAACGGCUCCCUCGCCGCUGCCGAAGUCGCCCAGCUCUACCUCCAAAUCCCCGCCCCGCCGCCGCAGAGCAGCAAUUCCAACACCCCCAACACCACCCCGAAUACGAGGACUCUGCGGGGUUUUCAGAAGAUUGCUCUCAAUCCGGGGGAGGGGAGUGAGGUGGUUUUCCCGCUCAGGAGGAAGGAUCUCUCGUACUGGGAUUCGGGGAACCAGACGUGGAUCACGCCCUCGGGGGUGUUUCAGGUUUUUGUCGGCAGGAGUGUUCUGGAUGUCCCGUUGCAGGGGACUUUUUCGUUGUAUUGA